AUGUCACUCCGAGCGAUCUCCUUACGUCGACUGCCUCAACAGUCGUCUUCCUCUUACCUUCGACCAUUAUUAUCUCGAUCGUACGCCACCCCUCAAUCGCCGAAACCUUCGCGAAACCCUCCUCCUCCUUCAGGCUUAGAGGGAUUGUUCGGCGGGAACAGCGGCACAGGUGGCACUACUGUUGCUCCUAAACCGCCAGGAGCUGAACCUCCAUCGGGACCAUCGCUUCCCAAAAAGCCAGAUGUAGGUCUUCCAGGUCUAGGUGGUGAAGAACAACAACGUCCUGAGGAUCAAAGAGAAUCAAAAGAUGAAGAACCAACAAGGCAGAAGCUCAGUGAGCAAGUCAGCGGUAAAGCUGGAAAGAAAGCUGGUACAGGUGGUGGCGGUGGUGGAUCGGGAGGACCUUCAGGAGGACCAGGUGGUAUGCCUGGAGGUUUCGGUGGUAUGACCCCUAACCAACUUCUUUUGGCUGCCCUGUCCACAUACGCUCUUUGGAGUAUCACUCAACCUGAUGAUGUGAGGACGAAGGAGAUUACAUGGCAAGAAUUCCGGAAUUCGCUUCUCGCUCGAGGACUAGUAUCGUCUUUAGAGGUAGUGAACAGAAGCAAAGUUCGAGUCCAUCUUCACAAUCCUAUCAACUCGUCAUCAUCUGCUCAACCUAACGCCACCGGCGCUUCCAAUCUGCCUUCACCCGACCAUGGUCCUGCCCCUUACACCUUCUCCAUAGGAUCGUUGGAGGGGUUCGAGUCUCUUCUGAUCUCAACACAGGACGAGCUUGGCAUCCCUGCUGCCGAAAGAAUACCUGUCUCAUACCGAGAGGAAAUCUCAACCUUCCAAACAAUCAUGCAUUUUGCUCCUACACUUCUUAUCGGUGGUUUGAUAUUGUGGAUGGCUAGACGAGGUGGAUCGGCCAUGGGUGGCGGUGGAUCUGGAGGUGGUAUCUUUGGUGUGGGAAAGAGUAAAGCGAAGAUGUUCAACAAGGACGAGCAAGUGUCAGUGAGGUUCAAGGAUGUAGCCGGCAUGGACGAGGCCAAAGAGGAAAUCAUGGAAUUCGUCAAAUUCCUCAAAGAACCCGCAAAGUAUGAGAAGCUUGGUGCCAAGAUUCCUCGAGGAGCCAUCCUUUCCGGCCCACCUGGUACAGGUAAAACUCUCUUGGCCAAGGCUACUGCUGGAGAAGCAGGAGUACCGUUCUUAUCAGUCUCAGGUUCAGAGUUCGUCGAGAUGUUCGUCGGUGUCGGUCCAUCAAGAGUCAGAGAUCUGUUCGCGAAUGCCAAGAAGAACGCACCAUGUAUAAUCUUCGUGGACGAGAUCGACGCUAUCGGUAAAUCAAGAGGAAAAGGAGGUUCUUUUGGUGGUAAUGAUGAAAGAGAAUCAACAUUGAAUCAGCUGUUAGUGGAAAUGGAUGGUUUCGGCACAAACGAACACGUCGUCGUACUUGCAGGCACCAACAGAGCCGAUGUACUGGAUAACGCCUUGAUGCGACCUGGAAGAUUCGACAGACACAUUGCAAUCGACAGACCUGACAUUGGAGGUAGGAAGCAGAUCUUUGCUGUCCACCUUGGUCCUCUCACACUAUCAGCCGAUUUGAACAGUGGCAAGAUUGCUGAGAAACUCGCGCUCUUAACUCCUGGAUUUUCAGGUGCAGACAUCGCCAAUGUAUGUAACGAGGCUGCGCUCAGAGCUGCAAGACGAGGUGGUGAGAACGUCACCGAAGACGACUUUGACGGUGCUAUUGAACGAGUCAUCGCUGGUUUAGAGAGGAAAUCAAGAGUAUUGGGUAAAGAUGAGAAGAAAACUGUUGCCUACCAUGAAGCUGGACAUGCUGUUUGUGGCUGGUACUUGGAAUACGCCGAUCCUCUAUUGAAGGUGUCCAUUAUUCCUCGAGGUGUGGGAGCUUUGGGUUAUGCUCAGUAUUUACCUAAAGAACGAUUCCUGUUCUCGACACAGCAGUUACUCGAUCGAAUGUGUAUGACUCUAGGAGGAAGAGUAUCUGAAGAAAUUUUCUUUGGUAGAAUCACAACGGGUGCUCAAGACGAUUUACAAAAGAUCACCAAGAUGGCUUUCGAAGUCUGUGCAAAUUACGGUAUGAACCCGGAGAUUGGACCUAUUUCAUAUGGCGGAAGGGAUCAACAAUCUGAAGGAUUCCAAAAACCAUUCUCAGAAGCCACAGCAGAAGCUUUAGAUAGAGCAGUGAGGAAGAUGGUGAUGGAUGCUCAUGCUAGAACCACUGAACUUUUGACUAAACACAAAGAUGAUGUCGAAAAAGUUGCCAAAUUAUUGUUGGAAAAAGAAGUAAUCACAAGACAGGAUAUGAGAUUGACUCUUGGUCCAAGACCAUUCGAAAACAAAGAUGAGAUGGAUGAUUAUAUUGAAGCUCAAUUAGAUCAACACCAUAAAGAUAGAGAGGAGAAAGAGAGACAAGAAGCGGCUGGACCUACACCUUCUUUAGCAUACAAAGCCAUUGAUAUCAACAAAGUUGACUAA